CAAUGGAGAGAAAUACUUUCAUCCCAUAAAACGAUGACACUGUGCACAUCUCACAUAGAACUCUCCCGAAACAUUAUAUACAGAUGGUAUCUGGUCCCAACACGACUAAAACAAAGCUUUCCAAAUACCUCUGACACCUGCUGGAGGUGCCAGAAGGAUAGAGGGGACAUGAUCCACGUAUGGUGGCACUGCCCCCAACUUAACAAAUACCGGCAGAAGUUGCAUGGGGAUCAAUCUCCCCCUCCGGCCCAAAAU